AUGAGAGAUGCAGUCUCUACACAGGAAACACAGACGAUGGAUGAGGUCUCUGGAUACGAAACAUGGAUGCAGACUCCAAGCACGGACGAUGAACCAGGUCUGAACACCAAGGGCAAGGGCGGAGGGGGACUCCAAGGCUCAAGCACAGAUGUGGAUGGAGAGCGUUCUGAGCGCACUGGCGGUGUUGGCGAGAUGGUGGCGGUGCGCGGUGCUUGCCGAGUUUGCCCCAGAGGCGCUGGACCGCGGCUGGGCCAGGGCGCCAGGGCGGUGCCGGCGGUCAUGUUUCGAAGUGUCGAGUGCGUGCAGCGCAGCCGAGCAUGCGGGAAGCGCACAGGCCAGGGCGCUCGAGAUCCACUUGUCCAUCACGUUUCCAUUUCCAUUUCCAGGCGCAACCUCUCCCGUUCGGUUCGGUUCGUGUUCUGUCUGCCCUCCAACCCUCACCGCGCCUGCACACACGCGCACCUGCACCUGCACCUGCACCCGCACCUGCACCUGCACCCGCACCCGCACCCGCACCCGCACCCGCACCCGCACCCGAACCCGCACCCGCACCCGCACCACCGCCUCUGCCUCCAUCUCGACUCUCUCCGGCGCGUCCAUCCCAGGGCCGGCCCGCGUACACGCUCCCACUCCAGCAGCUGUUGUUCGCUGCGCGCCUUGGCCGCCAGCCCUGCCAGCCCUGCCAGCCUUGCCAGCUCUGUCAGCUCUGUCAGCUCUGCCAGCUCUCGCCCGCCGCGUAGGCUUCACCCCGGCCGCCGCAGUCCCGAUCCCACCCCCAAUCCGCCGCAGCCGAGCCAGCGCGCUUGA